CCAGCAUCCCCGCUCUGCUGAAAUAGCCGCUGGAGAAGGAAGGGAAAGAGAGAGGGGGGAGAAGAGGACACAGGGAAGAAAGACAAAGGUAAAAGCAAGUGGAGCUUUGUAGCCCACCGUGCUGCUUCAUCAGCGUCAGGCUAGAAAAGUGGGGGGAGACCCACCCCCUUGGGAGAGGAUUCGGAGACAAAGGAAGCUUCAUGUUCAAAGGACCAGUGGACAGCAAAAACGAAGCAGCCAUGUCUGAGCUGGUCCCAGAGCCACGACAAAAACCAGCCGUACCAAUGAAGCCCAUGGGCAUCAACACCAGCUUGCUGGGCUACAUCGGUAUCGACACCAUCAUUGAGCAGAUGCGCAAGAAAACCAUGAAGACAGGUUUUGACUUCAACAUCAUGGUUGUAGGUCAGAGUGGACUGGGAAAGUCAACACUGGUGAACACCCUCUUCAAAUCCCAGGUGAGCCGUAAAUCUUCAGGCUGGAACCGGGAGGAGAAAAUCCCCAAGACAGUGGAGAUCAAAGCCAUUGGGCACGUCAUUGAAGAAGGUGGUGUCAAAAUGAAGCUGACAGUGAUUGACACACCAGGAUUUGGAGACCAGAUCAACAAUGAGAACUGCUGGGAGCCUAUUGAGAAAUACAUCAACGAGCAAUAUGAAAAGUUUUUGAAAGAGGAGGUGAAUAUUGCAAGGAAGAAACGAAUUCCAGACACACGCGUGCACUGCUGCCUCUACUUCAUCUCUCCUACAGGGCACUCUUUGCGGCCUUUGGACCUGGAGUUCAUGAAACAUCUCAGCAAGGUAGUGAACAUCAUCCCAGUUAUUGCUAAGGCUGACACCAUGACCUUGGAAGAGAAGACUGAAUUCAAACAAAGAGUGCGCAAGGAACUAGAAGUAAAUGGGAUCGAGUUUUAUCCCCAGAAAGAAUUUGAUGAGGACUUGGAGGAUAAAACAGAAAACGACAAAAUCAGGCAGGAAAGCAUGCCCUUUGCAGUAGUGGGCAGUGACAAGGAGUACCAAGUGAAUGGCAAAAGAGUCCUGGGCAGGAAAACACCUUGGGGAAUCAUUGAAGUGGAAAACCUCAAUCACUGUGAAUUUGCCCUACUUCGAGAUUUUGUCAUCAGGACCCACCUUCAGGACCUAAAAGAAGUGACCCACAACAUCCACUAUGAGACCUACAGGGCCAAACGGCUGAAUGACAACGGAGGGCUGCCCCCCAUGACUGUGGAGACAGAGGAAAACCACGAAAGUAACCUGUGAAAGAGCCUCCCCCUCCACGGUCACCUGGUGACUCUGGCCAGACAACCCACCCCUGCUACCCCGGCUCAGCCACGGGCCUGUCUCUGCAGCACGUGGGAGUGAGAGGAUGCGAGUGUGAGUGUGUGCGGCGUGCGUGUGCCUCCCUGUGUGCCGGACAGGGACAGGGCAUCCCCCCGGCCCUCCCAGAGUGUCCCCAUCCUCGGUCUGUUUGUGCACAGUGCACUGUCCCCCAGCUUCCCUGCUCUCCUUUCUGUGUCUCAGCUGUGUAUCCUGUC